AUGGGGCGUGAACGUGAAUGUAAAUGUGUAAAGGUGGAAACGCCAAACAAGGGUCGCAUUUCAUCAAAAGAACUGCCUACUGCUCGUUGGCGUCGUGAGCGUCGCUCGCGUGCCGGUGAAUACCCCGCGCUGGGCAGCGCCGCCGCCGCCGCCGCCUCAUCGUCGAGCAGCCUCUCGCCUGCUGGCACGCCACCGCCACUAACGGUUUGUCCUGGCUUAACAUCACCAGUGAGCGCGCAUCAUCAUGCCACCGCAACGGUGCACAGUGGCGUACCACCACCCAUGUCUAUUAUGAUGGCUGCAGCAAUGCGUCCGCUUUGCGAGUCCACUAAUCGCCCAACGCCACCGCCAUCGAACUCCUCAGCUGCUGCCGUAGUUGCGGCAUAUCAUCAUCAAGGCGGUGGCAUGGAGAGUCCCAUUGAUAUGUCGGUAUCGUCGUCGACGUUGAAGCAUCGAUCCUCGCCGCCGCCACCUUAUCGCGCGCCAUUGCCUGGCUCCACAUAUGCCACUGCGCUGGCGCGCCCUAGCGUUAUCACACAGGCGCCAUCGAAGCGCGAACGCGAACGUGAGCGUGGCGAUCGCGAAUUGCUGGCGAAUCGCGAGAAUGACAAUCGCAGCACUGAAUCCAUUUCCAUGUGUGAAACGGUGAUCGAUGAACACUUUCGCCGCUCGCUGGGUCCCGACUAUGCCGCGCUCUUUGGCAAGAAGUCGCCCGGUCAUAAUCCAACCACACCAUCACCGCAGCCAAGUGCAGCCGCAAUGACAACCACAGCUGUCAUAAAUACGCCAACGCCCACACCACCACCAAUGGUCGCGUCCGCGUCGCCAAUUGCAACGCAGGCAUUAAUUGUCGGACAUGCGCCGGCGCCAAGCGCUUUGCCGCCCUAUCAUGCAACCGCCGCCGCCGCCGCUGCCGCCGCCGGCGCACCGCAAGCGCUCAUUUCACCAAAGCCAGCAGCGGUCUUGCUCUCUUCGGCCGCCAUGUACGCUGCGGCGGCACAGCAUUCAGUCAAAGCUGAAAGCUUAUCGCCACAUCAAUUGGAGCAUAUCGCCAUUGCUUUGCCACCACCACAACAGCAGCCACUAGCAUUGGCUACUACACAACGCAGUAGUACGCCGCCCAAUUUAAAUGCACGCGGCCUGCCAGCUCAAUCGCCACCACCACCACCACCAACAACAACAAGCGCGGCGUUGCAUUCCUCGCCGCCUCCGCCGCCACCACCAACAUUCCCACACACAGCCUCAUUGCGCAGCCAAACUGCGUUGGAGCUGCACUCAACCAGUAAUUCACGCUCGCCGGUGGCAACACCACAGCAGUCACCAAACUCAACCACUGCUGCGGCAACACCACCUCCGCAGCCGCCGUUGCCAUCGACUUUUGUGUCCUCCUCGUCUACGCCACCAACAGCGACAGCAACGCCACCACCCAUUAUGCCGGCGAUAAUGCGCAUCAAAACUGAGCCGGGGAUGUCGGCAACGAAUACGCCACCAGCCUCACCAACCUCAACCUCUUCGCCGACGAGUAUCACUGAGGUGAAUGCUUCGGUUGAUGAUCACUUUGCCAAGGCGUUGGGUGAUACCUGGAAGAAGUUGCAGGAGAACAAGGAGGUGCGUAAGUGAAAUAUAGCAAUAAAUCGGAGGAAGCGCAAGAGAGAUGGUUGCAUAAAUGAAGAGUGAGGACGGAGGUUUUGUGAGUUGAUGUAAGGGUGUGUGAAAAAUUCAAAAA